AUGAACUAUCCCUUCCCAGAGCUACCGUCGGUCGUCUCCUCGCUGCCCGGUCAGGCCAUGAAGACCUCACCCAGUAUCAUGAGCGCUUCGGGCAUGAAGACGCCAAGUUGGAGUGCUCCUGUGGACGUUCAAAGUCUCCCCCAUCACUUCUACUACUGCCGGAAAGGCCACAAGGCUUCCCCACAGCCAUGGGGAAGUCAACAACAACAACAACAACAACAACAACAAUAA